CACUAUUUCUUUUAGAUGGCUCCUGUGCAUGGUUGGUUGUGCUUUUUCCUAGGUUCAGUGAAUGAGAACCAGAGACCGUCAAGUUCCUAUAAUGGAGACCUGAAUGGGCUGCUGGUGCCUGAUCCCCUCGUGGCUGGAGAUGGACCUUCACUGGGAAAACCAGUGCACCGCAGCAUUUCUCUGGGAGCUGUGCAGGAGAAGCAAGUCAUCUGCCUUUCUGGUGACGACAGCUCCACUUGCAUAGUUAUAUCAGCAAAGGAUGUGGAAAUAGUGGCCAGCAGCGAUUCCAGCAUCACCAGUAAGGCCAGAGGGAGUAACAAGGUGAAAAUACAGCCUGUUGCUAGAUAUGACUGGGAGCAGAAGUACUAUAAUGGCAAUCUGAUAGCUGUUUCAAACUCUUACCUGGCUUAUGCCAUUAGAGCUGCCAGCAAUGGCUCUGCUAUGGUGCGAGUGUUGAGCGUCAGCACUGCGGAGCGGACCUUGCUGAAGGGAUUCACAGGUGGUGUGGCAGACCUGGCUUUUGCUCAUCUCAACUCCAACCAGCUGGCGUGCCUGGAUGAGGCUGGCAACCUCUUUGUCUGGCGCCUGGCCAUGGAGAAAGACAAAAUCCAAGAGGAGAUCUUGGUGAACAUCAAACGACCUGACGGUACCCCUCUGAACACCUCUCGAAGAAUCAUCUGGUGCCCCUUCAUCCCAGAUGAUAAUGAAGAGAACAGUGAAGAGGGAAGUCAAACGCUGGCAUUGCUGCACGAGGACAGGGCAGAGGUCUGGGAUUUGGACAUUAUCCGCUCAAACAACAGAUCCUGGCCAGUGGAAGUGCCUAACAUCAAAGAAGGCUUCAUUGUAGUGAAAGGCCACAGCACGGUAUGGCUCUGCUUCAUUUUCUUCACUACUGUCACAUUCUGAUUGCUACAGAUCAUU